CAAACCUGCUCCCUCUGUGCUAUUAGAACGAGCAGCCUUCAUCUCUCUCUCUCUCUCUCCCCCUCUCUCUCUCUCUGUGGGUCGCUCAACAUGACAACCCUUGCAUCCUUCGCUCUCCUUCCCUGGCUCCUCCUCUCCUUCUCCACCCUCCUUCAUUUUGGAUCGGGAGCCAAGUGCACCGCCAACGGCCCGACUGUGAAGCAGACUCAAGUUGGAUUCGGAGAUCCUCCCAAGUUCAGGGUCGAAGUGCGAAACAACUGCCCCAUGUGUCCGGUCAUUGACAUGCACAUUCACUGCGGGAGCUUCGACCAGUCCUUGGUCAGCCCGAGGCUGCUCAAGGUGGUGGAUCGCAACGACUGUGUGGUCGGCGGAGGCUUGCCGUUGCCGCCCCUCCAACAGGUCUCCUUCACCUACUCACACCCCAAGUAUUCUUUGAACCCUAGUUCUUGGGAUUUCCAAUGCGAGUGAGGCUUGGUUCAGCUCGCAUCUCUCUUGUUAUAGCCUAAUGUAAUCCAGCGUACGCAAAAUCCAGCCAAUAGUUUGAGAUCAAUAACGAUAAUGCAACUCCGGCCUUAUCAUCUGUGAGUAGUAACGUUCGAACAAUAGCUUGGCCGGUAUUGAUCACCUCUGGUCCCCAGAAGGAUCACAAACAAAAAUGAGAUGCAGGAACUUGACUAGUAGAUGCACAGAGAAGGAUCAAUGCUAACGAGUAUGAUAUUAAC